AUUUUCACCUCCUGUAUUAACAUUGAGAUUAUAUCAUUUGCCCUACCUAACUCUGCUACGGCACCUUUAUCUGCUAUUUCACCGUCAUCCAUGAUAUCUUCGACAUUGUCGAGACCAACGAUCUCGAGGAGCAUUAAUCAGAUACGACCAACCAUUCAUUCUCCUUCCAAAAGUUGCUCAAGUUAUACAAGCUCUCCAAGCCCGAUGUCUUCGUCUGCUGUUUUGCCACCUUCUAGGCACAUUAACAAGCCAGCGCUGGCAGAUAUUAGCAGAGAGCAUAAUAUCGACAGCAUAUGCUACGUUGCCAAAACGCUCCUAGAAAAGCAAAUAUUUGAAUCGACUCUAAGGCCAAGAUUCCUGAAGCCUUCGAUGUGUCACCCGCUCAAAGCGCAGGAAGAAAGGCCUCGGAAGCGCAGGCAGCGAGAGAUUAAGCCAACGCGGUACUGGAGAUGA